UGAGAAACACAUUAGCUGAAUUUAUUUAGCUUUAGAGAGAGAUGGUUAACAUGAAGUUUUGCUGGAUAACUCUACUGUUUUGCUGCCCUGCUCUGUUCCUGACGAACACUGUAGCUCAGGAAACAAAGAUGGACUAUGAGCAUAACCUUAAACCGAUGAAAAGUGACUCGUUUAAUCAAUUUCAAUCCAUUUUUACUGAUAAAGACAUACUGUCGCAACAUCAGAUGAAAUUUGAAUUGGUAAUCAACUGCGAGAAGUUCAAGCACGUUGGAAUAUUUUCUAAUGGGACUGUGUUUUUGACAAGUGGCUUUCAACCUGGGAAUGAGGUGAGAAGUUUUCAAAUAACUGAUGUUGAAGCAAUGGAGGAUGAAUUCCAGAUAUUGAGUACUGUUGGGGUCACAAUGGCUAUCCAUCAAAAUGGGACCAUUCAAUAUAGCCUCAACGAUGGGUUAACACUGGCUCCGACUGACAAUAUGCGGAUAAGAAUUUGGGACGGUAUAUUAGGACAACGAGGCGAUACACGUAAGACAAAUUUCAGUCUUAUUAUAUUAUGGCAUGCAAAAAUAUUAUUAAAACAAAUUGGUUCUGGUCAAGUUAAAUAUAAAUGUCCAUUUCAUUCUUUCUAUGAUCUCGGAAUACACAUCAAUUGA